AAGCAACAAGUGUUAAGUCAACUCAAGAAAAUGUCAAGACGGUUAUUUAACCUCGCAAAAUUUUGUUUUCGUUUUUAUCAAAACAAAAAAUGUUAUUCAAUAAUUUAGGCUUCAAAAAAGUUUUUAAAUGCUGCAGUGUUCCUUCAAGACAUUUGCAGAAUGUACUCCAAAGAGGUUUGGCUAACAACAUGAACCAUUCUGAGACUGUAGAUCUGGCUUACGCAUCAUAUGAAAGCACCUCAGAUGCUGAGAUAGCCCAGCCUCCUCUAGUCAUACUGCAUGGUUUGCUGGGUUCAAAGAAUAAUUGGAAUAGCAUGAGUAAAGCCAUACAUAGAACGACUGGGAGGAAAGUUAUAAGUGUAGACGCGCGAAAUCAUGGGGAUAGUAGGCAUUCUUCACAACAUUCUUACAUACACAUGGCUCACGAUGUUAUGAAACUGCUGAAGAAAUUAGAAUUGUCAAAGGUUUCCGUCCUAGGGCACAGCAUGGGCGGCCGCACCGCCAUGGUUCUAUCUCUGCUUUGUUCUGACAUGAUUUCCAGCCUUGUUGUGGUUGACAUAUCUCCAGUGAGAACCAGUCCUCAGAUUUCGUCUAUGGCCAACCUAUUUGAUGCUAUGUCUGCAGUGUCAGUACGAGCAGGUAUAGCAAUGUCUAAAGCAAGGAAACUGGCAGAUGAUCAACUAAAAAAUAUAACUCCAGAUAUUAACUUACGGAACUUCCUGAUUACUAACCUAGUGCAAACCAACUCUGGAGCUUACACUUGGAGAGUGAACUUGCCAGCUUUGAAAGAAAAUUUCCAAAAUCACAUCUGCUGUUUUCCCUCCAACUUGAAGGGGCUACAGUACUGUGGACCGACACUGUUCAUUGGCGGAUCGUUAUCUGAUUAUAUUGGAAAAAAUGACUUACCCGAAAUCCAAGAGUACUUUCCACUAGCUGAUUUGACAUUCAUCGAGGGUGCUGGCCACUGGGUGCACAGCCAGAAGCCUGAGAAAUUCCUUGAUGUUGUCUGCAAAUUCCUAACAGAGAAAUAAACUUACAUUAAAUCUAGUACAAUUAUUGUGAUUCUCGUAUACAAUUGUUAUUUAUUUCAAUUUUACAAUUUUGUCACAUUAGUGAUUUUUUUUUGUUUUGGUUGUAUUAAAUAUGUAAUUUGGUUGAAAUAUUUAUUAAUUAGUUCCCAAACAUUGUCCAGUGCAAUGAUAAAUGAAUAUUUUUGAUAAGUCAUAUCUAUGUGAAAAAUACAUUGUGGUCAGAAAUUAUUUACAACAUA